AUGUCUUCAAAGUCAGCUUUAAGUCGUGCGGUUACGAAAAAAGGAGUUCCGAGACUCCUUGAGUUUUGUUAUAAGAAAUUAAUUUCUCAUAAGCAUCUGGGUAAGGCGCCUUAUUAUUUGUUAAAACGGGUCCUUCGACAUUGUACGCCGGAUGAAUUAAGGAAUUUAGAAGAAGCAAAUCCGCACCUCAUGGAUGAAGACAUGGAAUUGUGGAAGGAUCAUUAUAUCCGUGCUCAUCCAAACUCCUCAAGAAACAUUAUUGACUCCGAUAAUGAAGAUUGGCGUCAGCUUUAUUGGAGAUCAAAAGAAGAACAAGAGGAAAGAUUAGCUAGUUGGCAAAAAAUGACACCCCUUCAGAAGCUGCGACGAAAUUAUGAAAAGAAUGAUUAUUAUCGUCCAGUUUUUAAACAACAAGAGUCGAGUACGAUUAGGCCGAGAAGUGAUCAAGUUGUACCGAAUAAUCGUCCAGUUUUUAAACAACAAGCGUCGAGUACGAUUAGGCCGAGAAGUGAUCAAAUUGGUUUAAAAAAUAAUUUACGUCAUGAACCAUAUCCUACCGUUGGUACCUCUCAAAGGAAGGGUAACUCCGUUGUACCGAAUAAUAAUUCAAAGCCUAACUCACGUCCUACAUUAGCUUCGUCACGGACCUCCAUACCUGUGACAAAAGCAACAAAAGCUAAGUCGGGCUCUACAUUAGCUGCAUCACGGACCCCAAUACCAAUAACAGCCGCCUCAAACAGAGUCGUUACUAAGAAAAAUACUACCAAGCCGUCAGAUAACUCACAUGUUAUAAAGACAAAGUCGGAUGUUCGUCAGAAACUUUAUCCUAAGACUCAUUAUGAUAUUCAAAAUGCUAAAACUGCUACCAUCAAAUCCUCCAAACAUUUAAAGCCUAAAAGAGUAGCUUGA